UUUCUAGUUUGUAGCUUACAAUAAUGGCUUGAAAAGUUUUGGAAAAGAAAAGAAGCAAUGUUUAGAAAUACAUACAUAGAUGAAGAAGAUGAAUCGGGACCAGCCUGAUUCAUGGUCUCUUGGCCAAAUUAACAAAUAUAGAAACUUCCAGGAUAGAUUACGCGUAGCAAACCAUAAUCUAUGCAAAUGACUCGAUUCCAUGGAAAGCUUCCUCUAGACGUUGACAUUAAUCUAAGACAUUAAUGUAGAUUUGUCAUCAGUAUUGCGUGUCUCCAACUGCUACAUCAGCAUCGUAUGAAUAGAAUACUUUCUUCUUCUUUGACAGGUCAACUAUGAUAGAUACCAUGUGUUUGUACCAGGGUUUAUCCUGCAUGAAAUUUUAAUUUUGAUUAUGCAACCAGCUUCCUUCUUUGCCUCUUCUUUCUUAGUUAAUUUCCCCUGCCAAUGAUCCUUGUGGAACAUUUCUUUUACCAUAAUAAGUGCACCUCAGUAAAUUCUGUUAUAUGGUCAUAUUCUGUAUAUCUCCAAUGUAUCUCUCAAUUCUUGAAAGCAACUGGCAUCUGAAAUGAGACUUCAAUCUGAUAAAAGAAUAACUUUUAUUAUUUUCCUCUUCUCGCCAUCCUUCCUUUUUACUUCACACCUUAGGGUGAAGAGAAAUAUGGACAAAAACAUUAACAAAACGCGCUUAGACAUGCAAAAAAAACAAGAAAUGCCAGCUUGAUUUUGUUUCAUCCAUCUUAAUGCUAUGAUCUGAGUCACCAGAUCUCAAGAUGAGGUGCAGUACAAGCUGGAAGUUCAUUUAGUCAUUACGUGCAAGUAUGGACAGAGAGGGGAAGAAAGAUAAUGAUCCAUAACCGAACAAGAAAACUUUUGAGAAUCCUGUCGGCGGAAAGGCCAGAUUUCCGGCCAUCUAGCUUAUACGUUGCAGGCUUGCAGCUGCUUUUCGUGCAUGUGGACCGUGUGUCUCUAUGAACAGAUACCUCCCUAUUAAUGGGGUCUCUCCUCACACACGUUCAUGCCACCUAAACUUCAGUUUAGGUCUCUCCAUCUGCUUGUGUGAGCUGCCUUUCUAUAUAAACCUUCAUUGCUGGGAUAGAUUGCUCGAGUGGACUUUAAGGUCCGUGUGCUCUGAGUCAUUACCCCUCUAGCCAGAACUCUGGUUUCUGUUUUCACUCUGUUAGAAACCAGAAACCAUGAAAAAGUUCAUUUUUAAAGAGCCAAGGCUUGGGUUCACCAAUACAACUAGUAGCCUCAGUUAUACCUUGAAAUCUCUAGGGGGCCCUAUUCUCGUUCCGAUUCUACGUGCAGCCCUUGUCCUGUGCACUGUGAUGUCUCUUAUGCUUUUCAUUGAAAGAGUUUACAUGGCAGUUAUAAUUUUAUUUGUGAAACUUUUUGGAAAGAAGAGAUACACCAAGUAUAGGUUGAAUGCCAUGAAAGAAGACCUAGAGCUUAAUAAAAGCUACCCUAUGGUGUUGAUUCAAAUACCAAUGUAUAAUGAGAAGGAGGUUUACAAGCUCUCAAUUGGAGCUGCGUGCAGUCUUUCAUGGCCAUGCAAUCGCUUUAUAGUUCAAGUUCUCGAUGAUUCCACCAAUGAAACUUUAAGGGAAUUAGUGGAGCUGGAAUGCAAAAAGUGGAUAGAGAAGGGUGUGAAUGUGAAGUAUGAGAAUCGGCACAAUAGGAAUGGUUACAAGGCCGGGGCUCUUCGAGAAGGUCUUCAGAAGCAAUAUGUCACAGACUGCGAAUUUGUAGUCAUCUUUGAUGCAGACUUUCAACCCGACAAGGAUUUCCUUUGGAGGACAAUUCCUUAUCUGCUCGAAAACCCAGAUUUGGGUCUUGUUCAGGCUCGUUGGAAAUUCGUGAAUGCCGACGAAUGUCUGAUGACUCGACUCCAAGAGAUGUCACUUGACUAUCACUUCAGCGUUGAGCAAGAAGUGGGUUCAUCAACAUAUUCAUUUUUUGGGUUCAAUGGGACAGCCGGUGUUUGGCGGAUCCAAGCUAUCCAUGAUGCUGGUGGGUGGAAAGACCGAACCACAGUGGAAGACAUGGACCUCGCUGUCAGGGCGAGCCUGAAAGGAUGGAAAUUCGUCUUUGUGAAGAAUGAACUCCCGAGUACCUUCAAGGCAUAUAGGUUUCAGCAGCACCGAUGGUCCUGCGGGCCUGCUAAUCUUUUCAAAAAAAUGACCCGAGAGAUCCUGCAGUGUGAGAGGGUAUCUAUAUGGAAGAGAUUUCAUGUCAUCUACGCAUUCUUCUUCGUGAGGAAGAUUGUCGCCCACUGGGUGACUUUCUUCUUCUACUGUAUAGUUAUACCAGCGAGUGUCUUGGUUCCCGAAAUUAAACUCACAAAACCUGUUGCAAUUUACAUUCCCGCCAUCAUUACUCUUUUGAACGCUGUAUGCACUCCCAGGUCUUUGCAUCUUGUUGUUUUUUGGAUUCUUUUCGAGAAUGUCAUGUCCCUCCAUCGUACCAAAGCUGCAAUAAUAGGGCUCCUCGAGGCCAAUCGAGUGAAUGAAUGGGUUGUGACAGAAAAGCUCGGGAACACAAUGAAACAAAAGAAAGCAGCAAAAAAACCGCGUUUUCGACUAGGAGAAAGGAUCCAUGUGCAGGAGCUGAUGAUGGGGACCUUCAUGCUCUACUGUGCCAUCCACGACCUUCUGUUUGGGAAAGACCACUUCUUCAUCUACCUCUUACUCCAGGCUGGGGCUUUCUUCGUAAUGGGUUUCGGAUACAUUGGAACUUUUGUUCCCAGUUAGUCAUGGAACCAACACAGCUUCCAACUCAUUGAUGCUUCUUGAUUAUCUCUAAAUUAUAGUUUCCUAGUUUUCAGGUUUAGGAUUAAUUUUCUGUAAACUCUGUACCGGAGACAAUAAAGAUGCCAGUAUGUUCAGCCUUUGAAAUUUUUAGCCUAUUAAAUUUAACGCCAUAGAGGCAGGUCGGAUGUCAGAUACCGUAAUAGGUUGAGGUAUUGUUUUAUUCGAAUAAAUCUAACGCGCUCGGUUUGUUCAAAUGCA